UUGGGUGGGAUGGGGUGGGUGGGACUGGGCUCAGGGAGACAGCAGCUUAUAAGGCAGCAGGAUCUGGUCUGAGAAGAGCAUUUAGCACUCUGCACCAUGAAGGGGACCCUGCUUCUGCUGGCCUUGCUGGUGACCGGGGAGCUGGGCAUCCAGACAACGGAAGCAUGCGUGACUUUCUAUAAAACCUUCAGUGCAGUGGUACUUGGAGACAAGAACGUAUUGAACGCCAUCAUUACCAAGUUUAACCCGACUGCCAAAGAAAGGGAAGCUGUUGAAAAAAUCCAGGAAUGCUACAAUGAGGGAGGAUUGAAAAGCAAAAUCCUGGAAUCGGCAGUUGUGUAUGAAAUCACAACGAACUCACCAUGCAAGGAAUACUAUACUACAGACACCAUACUCAAAGUUGCGGACUUCCUUAUCAAAUUCAAAGCCAUAUAAUGGGGUGACUGAUUUGCAUGACAUCUUGCAGCCCUGUCCUCUCUCCCUCCUGAAGUUGGAAUCCAGACACCUGUCCCCUCCUUGUUCUGUCUGUCAAGCUCAUUCUAAUAAACACCUGCAGCUCUG